AUGGACAAGGUGGACACGACGUCGCCGAACAUCACGUUCAGCAUCGAGAACGAGGACCACACGCUGGGCAACACCCUGCGCACGCUGCUGGUCGAGCGCGAGGACGUGGUCUUCGCGGGGUACUCCGUACCGCAUCCGAUGCAGCCCGAAGUCAACAUCCGUAUUCAGACCACCGUGAAGGUUUUCGGGGAGUGCCUGGACGAGCUCGUCGAGAUUUGCGACCUGCUCACGGACGCCUUCGUCGAGGCGGGCGCGGAGUCCUACAGCGACGCCGCCUGA